AUGCGCCAUAUCUUGUCUGUAGAACUGUGUCAGGCUUUGGAGGCCGCAAUUACAGGCCCUGCCAGACUUCCUCCAUCAGCCCAGGACCCCACGUUAGCCCUGGGGCUGACAGAGCAAGGACCAGACUCAGCUCACUCGCAUCCUUGCCUGGCCUCAGGCCCUGCCGAGCUGGGGGCCAGCAAGCUCCAUGCUAUGCAGCUCAGAGCUGAGUUCCAGGGCUUCAUUAAUGUGUACAGAAAUAUGCCCUUAAACCAUAGGAAGGGACUCAAGUUGGACUUCACGCGGGCACUCCAGGCAAGCUCUAAGACUGCUGUGAAAGUAGCACAAGGAUACUUAAUAACUGAACAGCGAUGGAAGCUGCUGGAAGACUGCUGCGACCCUGGGCAGCUCUUUGCGAUGACAAAACAGAACUCCCCAAUGGGAAAGAACCUCUGGUUUGAUGGGGAAUUUUUGUAUUCUUUCACCAUUGACAAUACAACUUACUCGCUAUUCCCACAGGCUACACCCUUCCAGCUGCCACUGAAGAAAUGCUCUGUGGUGGGAAACGGUGGGAUUCUCAAAAAGAGCGGCUGUGGAAAACAAAUAGAUCAAGCGGAUUUUGUCAUGCGGUGCAACCUUCCUCCUCUAUCCAGAGAAUACAGCAAGGAUGUUGGAUUGAAAACUCAGCUGGUGACUGCAAAUCCCAGUAUAAUUCAGAAAAGAUUCCAGAAUCUGCUUUGGUCUCGAAAAGCAUUUGUGGAGAGCGUGAAGGUGUAUAAUCACAGUUACAUCUAUAUGCCGGCCUUCUCAAUGAAGACAGGGACGGGCCCCUCCCUGCGUGUCUAUUACACCCUGAAGGACUUCGGUGCCAAGCAGGCGGUGCUUUUCGCCAACCCCAAUUUCCUGCGUGACAUUGGCAAGUUCUGGAAGAGCAAAGGUAUCCAUGCCAAACGACUUUCCACAGGACUUUUCCUAGUCAGUGCUGCCCUUGGUCUCUGUGAAGAAGUAACGAUUUAUGGCUUCUGGCCGUUCUCAGUGGACCUGCAUGGGAAGUUUAUUAGCCACCAUUACUAUGACAAUGUCUUGCCCGAUUCCGGAUUCCAUGCCAUGCCGGAGGAAUUUCUACAGCUCUGGUUCCUUCAUAAAAGUGGUGUACUGAGAAUGCAGCUAGAACAGUGUGAGGACCCUUUAACCCAGUCUUCUGCCUAAGGAUCGUAGCAGUCGGUUUGGGAGAUCCACUAGUUUUUAAUUUCCAUGCUCUCCUACAGAGAGUUCUGAUCUUCUGUUGAUUCUUUUUAAAGGGAAAAUAAUCAUGGAUCUGCAUGGACCGUAAAAUGCUGCUUGAAAGCCAAAUGGAAUAUGUCCUUAAUGUAUGUUUUAUGGAACUGCGGUGGGGGAAAAAAACCUCUCCAUCAAGUCCAUUCAGCAGUAAUGUGAAAAUAAUGUUAGAAGCAACUCCAAUUAACUUUCUGGGUGACGUUUUUAAAUGACCGAUGUAAAAAGGGCAUUAAGGCUCGGAGAGAAAUGGGGCCACCCAAAAGCUUUUGCUGACAGUGCCAAAUAUGACUGUCUGUUCAAAAAUCCAUUUCAUUCCAGAUUGGCACCUCAUAUAACUCUCUUUUCUUUUUUCUCUCUUUUUUUCCUUCCCUUAUGUGUGUGCUUGUGUGUAGUGGUAAGGGGUAUAGAGAAAAGUGUGUGUGUUGUUGACUUUCUUUGUUUCUUCUUUUCCAUUUUUUGUUUUCCAAUGGAAGAAAGGGGGAAGGUGUGAAAGCCUGAGGAGCUGAGUACCAUCAACUCCUAAGACUUGUGAAUGUGAAGGGUGCUAAGAAUCUGGUAGAAGAAUGUAUUGGGAAUGCCCUGCUACUGAAUAUGGAUGGACCUACCUGUUUGUAGGUUUUGUCAGGAUAGUUUGGUCAUUGCACUUAUGUUUAUAUUAACGCUAUCUUAUGGGCAACAGCUGGUUAAGGUAAAUUGGCUUGAAGAUAAAAAUUGUGGUACAAAAACAAAAGUGAAGUGCAACCAGGUUUUAACUGACCAGCUGCAAAAUUUCCACAGUGACUUUGGUAGCAGGGAUUGUUCCUUUCUUGUUGUGCUGUUUUGCCUUUGGGAUUAGUUCCGUGUUCAUUUGGACUCCAGAUGUUCAGUGACUAUCAAGGGGAUUUGAGGUGCUCAGUGAAAUGCAGAAUGAGAUUCUUCAUGUGCUUAUAACAGAAAAACUGCAGAAAUGAAUGUGUCAUUCAAAAUGAGUUGAAACUUUGAAAAUCCUUUCUCUUUGUGCUACUAGCUCCUCUUUUUGGAUUGUAACAUUAGCCUUAAAGACUUGUACUUCUGUUGCAAGAUUGUCUCUGGUUAAAGAGAGUCUGAAAAGUAAAACAGCCUUUGGGAGCACUGAAAAACAACACAGCCAGCAAGAAAACAAAACAAAACAAAGCAAACAAACAAACAACAACAACAAAAAAAAAACACCAGAAAAGGCAGGCACUUACGUAAUGCAGCCUUUCUCUUUGCAAUCAGAGAAUUAUGUAAGCGUGCAAAUUGCACUGCGGCUGCUCCGGUCAGUGCAGUGCCUAAAGGACUGUUUUAUUUUUAGGUAUUACUUGGACAGCAGAUGAUCCUAUUGCCAUGUAAAUGAGAAAUCCUUUUGUUUGCUUUGUUUUAACACUGUAGGACAGGAAGAGAAUACCUACUUGGUCCAGAGUGCAAUUUCAGCUGCAAGAUGCUAUCACUGUUAACUUUAUAAUCCAAAAUAAUGUUCUCCUACUUCUAUCGUUAGUAGCUGAAAUUCUAGUCAAAAUGUUGAAACAACAAAACUGCUGUCAGGUUUCCACAACAAUUUCCUGUGCUACCUGUUCUAGCUCCAAAGUGCUAGUAUUUUGGGGCAUGUGUCCUAUCAUAUGUUGGCAACCUCUCUCUUUGUAGACUACAAGCUGCAAGUUAUAUAGAUAUAAUUA